CUCAGCAGCAGUGGUAGUCGAGAAAGACAGGCUGGCGGUAUCCCUCUCUCUCUCCCUCUUUCUCUCCCUCCCCCCUCUUUUUCAUCUUUCCUUUCCCUUCACGCACAAGCACGCAUACACACACGCGCACUCCGUCACACUGCAGCAGAAGGGAGAGGACACACCGUGAAGCUGUGAGGUACGACCAGGCCUCUCCUCUUCCUCCUCAUCCCUCCGGUCUCUCUCUCCUCCGCUAUCCUCUGCUCUCCUUCAAGGACUACCGCACCCAGGAAGCGCCUGGAAAAGGACUUACCGCAGCACGACGGAUCUACGGACCACUCACACACCUACAUCCUUUUUUUUCCUUCUGCGUUUCUUGUUGCCAGGCAGUGUUGGCUGAGCAUCAGGACGUGCGCUCAAGCAUGUGUGCGUAUGACAAGGUGCUUUUCUCCAGCUGACUGAACUGUGGUUUAUUCAUCCCGUUUUUUUCCUCCUCCAUACGUGGCAUCCUCGUCGCUUGCCGCUCAUCUUCCUCCUGACAAAGCCGGACCUUAUCCCAGGAUGCCGUGCGGCAGGCCACUCUGCUAGGCCGCAGCAGCAUGGGCAAAGCACCGGGGGGGUGGGACAGCACGGAUUGGACGGCUCUUCUCCGGACGGGCGCGCUUACGCACUCCGCCGCUUCCGAUGGGUGAGGACGGCGAGAGCCCCAAAAUCAAUCACAGCUUCCUCCGAGACUAUGUCACAGAAGCUGAUGUCAUUUCUACAGUGGAGUUUAACCAGACGGGGGAUCUGCUGGCCACAGGGGAUAAGGGGGGGCGAGUGGUCAUCUUCCAGAGAGAGACAGAGUCUAAAGGUGAAUCUGAGGAGCUGGGAGAAUCGGGUGAGUACAAUGUCUACAGUACGUUCCAGAGUCACGAACCAGACUUCGACUAUCUGAAGAGUUUGGAGAUUGAGGAGAAGAUCAAUAAGAUCCGCUGGCUGCCACAGCAAAACGCUGCCCACUUUCUCCUCUCUACCAAUGAUAAAACGAUAAAGCUAUGGAAGGUGAGCGAGAGAGACAAGCGGCCAGAGGGCUACAAUCUGAAGGACGAAGAAGGGCGAAUAAAGGACAUCUCCACCGUGACCUCAUUACGGGUGCCUGUCCUGAAGCCCACUGACCUGAUGGUUGAGGUGCGGCCGAGGAGAAUCUUUGCCAACGGCCACACCUAUCACGUCAACUCCAUCUCCGUCAAUAGCGAUGGCGAGACAUAUCUGUCUGCUGAUGAUCUUAGGAUCAACAUGUGGCACCUGGAUAUCACAGAUCGAAGUUUCAACAUUGUGGACAUUAAGCCGGCCAAUAUGGAGGACCUGACAGAGGUGAUAACAGCUGCAGAGUUUCACCCACAGCACUGCCACCUGUUUGUAUACAGCAGCAGUAAAGGCACGCUACGCCUCUGUGACAUGAGAGAGUCUGCACUCUGUGACAAGCACUCCAAAAUCUUUGAGGAGCCAGAGGACCCAGGCAAUCGAUCGUUCUUCUCUGAAAUCAUUUCGUCGGUUUCUGACGUUAAGUUCAGCCAUAGUGGACGCUAUCUGCUCACCAGAGACUACUUGACUGUCAAAGUAUGGGACCUUAACAUGGAGAAGGGCCCAGUGGAGACCUAUCAGGUUCAUGAGUACCUAAGAAGCAAACUCUGCUCUUUAUACGAAAACGACUGCAUCUUUGACAAGUUUGAGUGCGUCUGGAACAGCACAGACAGUGUAAUCAUGACAGGAGCAUAUAACAGUUUUUUCCGGAUGUUUGAUCGUGAGACCGGUCGCGGUGUAACCCUCGAAGCAUGGCGUGAGAGCAGUAAACCACGCGCCGUGCUGCGGACUCGCCGCGUUUACACCGGGGGCCGGCGACGUCGUGGUGACGUGGGCGUGGACAGUCUGGACUUCACAAAAAAGAUUCUGCACAUGGCUUGGCACCCUGCUGAAAACAUAAUUGCCAUUGCAGCCACCAACAACCUCUAUAUCUUUCAGGACAGAGUCAACCCUGAAAACCAGUGACAAGAGACGUGUAACGGGGUGCAGUAAUGCUUUUCACAGGGCCACACACAAACCAACAUGCAUUCAAAUCAUGCACAUAUAUCAGAUUUAUCCUUUAAAACACACAUUAUUGGUCCUGUGGAGAUGGACGUAGCUGCCAGACCCCAAAAGUAAACAGAUGGACUUUGCAGCUAAGCCGUUCCAGAAGAGCAGUUAUGCAUAGCCAGUGACUUUAUCUGAUAACUGUUUGGCUAAUUACACCGCCAAGAAUGUUGCCAAGAGCUACGGUACGUGGAAUUUACGAUUGACGGCACGGUUAGCCAAUCCCGCACUGCUUUGAUAUGUGAUGGAUGGUGUUGUCGGCCAAUCCCUGACUGCGCUGAUCUGUGAUUGACAGCUAAUUUGGAUAAGGGGUGGCGCCUUCGGGCUGAAGACCAGGAAUGAGACCGCUCCACUCCUCUGUGCCAGGUUGCCAUGGAGACAGGAUACUCAGUCGUCAUGGUAACAAGAGUGCUCUGAGCAGUCUUCCUAUCACGUGCUUCCCAAAAACUAUCCCACAAUGCAUCUGCUAUACGAGCACUCAUUUUACUUCACAUCAGAUCAACCGUUUGUGGAGACAUGGAUGCCUGUACGACCCAAUCACUAUAUCUCGCACUUGGAGGAAAUUUGAAUUCCACUACUUGUCUCAUGUAUCCUAAAGGAAGGAUUGAUCCACUACUUCAUCAGAACACUGUCUUAACCUGGUUACACCUCAUGAUGGGUUACAUUUACACCUGUAUGGUAAGAAAAGGUAUUGGUCAGUCUAAAAAAAAAAAGAAUGAGGGUAUAUCACACCGCUAACACGCUUUUAAAAAAAGCCUCUUGCAGCGCUGUGCAUGAUAACGGACAUGUGUUAGGGUUAAACUCUGAUCAAGUCUCUGGUUAUGCAGAGUUCUGGGCUCACAUAGUGAAGCACUGCCUUUUUAUUUAUGAUUGUAGCUACUUUACUGAUCCCUCAAAAGGAAAUUUAAACAGUCAUGUAGGAAAUACAGAUGAAAAUUUUAGUUACACAGGCAACAAAAACAUUGGAGAAAGACAUGGAAAUUAGUUCGUUAAUUCAAAGGAUAUUCCGGUAAAUGCUUUACCACAAACAAUAAUUUUGAUACAUUUCUCUGUUUGUUUAAUUUAAAAAAAUUGUAGAGUACUUUCAGUGGAAGUCUGUGGGACAUUUUUGAGGGGUUAAAAGCAAAAUGUGCAGUUUGUAUUUUUGUUGAAAUGCUUAUAUGAGUGGUUCUCAACCUUUUUGACUCCAAAAAUAUACAAAGACCCAUUACUUUUCCAGUCAUUUGUGAUUUACCGGAUUUUAUAAAUAUUUUUACUCACCAUUUAUACCCAAUAAAAAAUGUCAUAGCUUGGCAUGACUAGAAAAUAAUGUAUAUUUAUUAUAAUGAAUAUCAGAUUUUUAGGAUAAUAUUAAUUUACAUUACUUUUGAAAGUCUAGAAAUUGCACUUAAAAUUAGGCUUCCUCAUAUAUGCAGAUUUUACAAAAACCAUCAAGAGACAAAACAAUCAGUUGAAUCAGUUCAUUUUAAUGCUUGUUUUGUCUAAUUUUAAGUAGUGCUGUCAAAAUGAUUAAUCAUGAUUAAUUGCAUUCAAAAUAAAAGUUGUUUACAUAUUAUAUGUGUGGGUACUGUGUAUAUCUAUUAUAUAUAUAUAUAUUAAUUCACACACAUACAUAUAUAUAUAAAUUUAAGAAAUAUUUACAUGUAUGCAUAUAUUCAUAUUUAUAAAAGAUUUAUAUAUAAACAUAUAUUUCUGAUCUGAUUUCAUAACAACUCGUACAUAUUUUACGAGGUGGCUAAAAGGUUAGGUUUUAAAAGAAUUAGUACGCUUUUUGCUAAAUUGUACAUAUUUUAAUUUUAAGUCCCCCAAUUUGUGUGAAUUCAUACGAAUGACACCUAAACACCUAAACCUACCCGUCACUGGGGUCUAGACAAAUCUAGAACUAAAGUGAGGUUGUACAAAUUUGUAAAAUACAUACAAUUUGGUCGUGAGACAGCGUUGAUAUUUAUUAAAAAUAUACAUGUACACAAAUUUUACGUAAAUACAAACUUUUAUUUUGGAUGCGAUUAAUCAUGAUUAAUUGCGAUUAACUGAUUUGACUAAUAAAAUUUGCACUAAUUUUAACAUCUUUUUUGAGGAACCACUGUUUACAUGUCAGCUAAAAAAUUGUCAAAAUCUUUCUUUUAGUUGUUCAAACUAAAAUCUUCUUUGAACCUAAUGAACCUCUGGUUAUGCAUUACCAAUGUAAUUCCUGUCCCUUUUUGAUGUCGUUUCACCAGUGUUUACCAGGUUUUCCAGCUUAAUGUGAUCAUGAAAGGUCAGGAGUUGAAAAAUAUGAUUUAUGAUUGCACAAACAAGGUCUGUAAUUGAUUUGAUCAGAUAUAUUAGUUUUAUUUUAAGAUGUUUUGAGGCUAUUCCUUCACUCUAAUUUUGCUAAUUCCUUGUUCCCUAGACGUCCAUUAUAAGUACAUUAAAGGGAUAGUUCACCCAAAAAUGAAAAUGCUGUCAUUAAUUACUCACCCUCAUGUCGUUCCAAACCCGUAAUACCUUUGUUCAUCUUCAGAACACGAAUUAAGAUAUUUUUGGAAAUCCGAGAGCUUUCUGGCCCUCUAUAGACACUGAAAUGUUAAAUGAAUUGUUGAAUAAAGUCAUUGUUGUUUUCUUUGCACACAAAUUUCAGUUACAUUGCUGUCUAUGCAGGGUCGGAAAACUCUUGGAUUCCAUCAAAAAUAUCUUAAUUUGUGUUCCGAAGACGAACAAAGGUAUUACAGGUUUGGAAUGACAUGAAGGUAAGUAAUUAAUGACAGAAUUUUCAUUUUUGGGUCAACUAUACAUUUAAUAUAGUUGAGGGCGUGUCAAAAUUACAUUUUGUGGCAACAUGCCGAAUAUCUAAAAUAGCUUAUUUGGAACAUUCCAGUAUGUACCAGCUAGUAAGUGGAUAAAAUAUUUGUAAAUUGUUUACUAUGACCACACAGGUGUACAUGUAACUCUCUAUCCACUGGAGAAAGAACACGGCGAGUUAUCUUUCGUUUAAGGUGCCAUUCACCUUCUGGGUGACUGUUUGUUUGGUGUAGAUGUGUUAAUGAAUUGUUGGGUGUCUGUGUAGACUACGACACGGAGGUCAGUGAUUGUUUUUGCUAUAUGAACAAGGCUGAAUGAAUGUAACUGUCAAACACAUGCUUUUAACGAAUCCAUUUUUAAAGUGUUAUGAUGUUCACGGGGUGCUCUCAAACUGACGAGCGAGCUUGCUUGCUUGCUUUCUUAUUUUCUUUGACUUCGUCCCUUUUCUGUCUUUUCCGGUGUUCACGUGUUUCUCUGUCCCAUUUUUCUAGUACUCUUUGCUCUACAUAUACUGAGGCUGUGCCUCUUACAAUCAGUCCCUCUACUCUUAUUUUUACAUUUGUAGUUCAUUCACAUCAUUUUUGUACCCUGAGACAAUGAUUCUCUGCGUUUUUUCACUGUUCCUCUCUUUCUCUCGCACUCUUUCAUUCUCUUACAUCCUGUUACCAUGGCGAUAGGCCUUCUGCCAUUAUGCAUUCUCUCAUGCUUUCCUCUCAGACAUGCAGUGAAACACACACACUCACAUUCACAAUGCAACCAGGGAAUAAUAGCUUGAGUUUUUCAGGGCACACACACUCUCUUUCACACACAUGCACACAAAUAGGCCUACAUGCAAGCAUACACACAAAAACGCAUGUUUAUCAUUAUCCAGUGUUACUAAUGUGUAUAUCUAUGAUGCCUAAACAUAUUCUAUUGACACUUAAUGGAAAAAUAAAAGAGGCAAAUGGA